UAACUAGCAUUUCCGGUGGCUGCUGGGAAGGGGUUGAAUGAGGGUGUGUUGCAGCUUCUGGGGAAAACGGGCCGAGCGCACCCUGCACCCCAAGGUUGGUUGGGAGUGUUGAAAACAGCAUUGUGAGCUCUUCAUGGAGGUGGAAAGUAAUUCUAGUGUCAGCCAGGACUCUAUGGCUAGCUUCACUGCUGGUGACGUGCUUAUCCGCUCCACCAGCCUCCACACAAAAGAAAAACCCACUGGCACUUGGACAGCAGCUGCUGACUGCAGUAGAAAAAAAGUUAAAAUUUCAGUAAAGAAGCUUCGUGAAGUGGCUUCUCCCUACCAGGCAGAUGAUGCAGCUUUGAAUAAAAACAAAACAUCCUAUAUUCCUCCAGCAUUGUCAGCAAACAAACCUCUGCCAAAUAGAUCAACUGUCACUACCUCCAGCAGCGUUACACAGGCUGUCCGAAGUAUGUUGGCUGAAAGAAGUUCAGAACAUCUUCUUUCGGUAGAAAAUGAUUUAGAACCCACGCUAUUAUCACAGAAGGAUUACUCUAAGGAAGCUGCAGUAAAAGGAGUUCCUUUGCAAGUAAUGGAAGAUGGAAAUAGACCAGAAGAUGGUGAUAUAUUUAUUUCUCAGUACACUACUGGCGAGAAAGAAGCUUUACGCGCUGUAUUAAAGCAGAGAACCCAAAACCCUCCAGUAUUUAAGGAGGUGAAGGUACAGCUUUUAGAAAAUGUAUCUACGGAAAAGAAAGAGAGUGCUCAAGAUACCAGGUCAGCACACAGCAAUAUAGAUUCAGCCGCAACCAUCGCGGCAGCCACAGCAGCUGCCAUUGCUACAACAGCUCCACUUCUCAAAGUUCAAAGCGAUUUGGAAGCAAAAGUUAGCUCUGUUUCAGCAUUGCUCAAUAAACUGCAGGAGACAGACAAGCAGCUGCAACGCGUUGCAGAACAGCAAACAAAUAUAAAGACUCAACAGCAGGAGAGAUCCCGUUGUCAUGACAGAGUCAAUGAGCUUGAAAAACAGAUGAAUGUGUUCAUGGAACAGCGGCUUCAGCAUCUUGAAAAGUUACAACAGCAACAAAUACAUGUUCAGUCUCAUCUCAUUAGCUCUGCAAUCAACACAGGUGGUUUCCAACCAGUUAACAUACCAUCUUCCAAUUUGGUGGCAAAGCAUUCUACAAACCCAGAACUACAGCAACCACUUACCAGCCAAGUCUCUUCAUGUCAUAGGAAUUUAUUCUCUACCAAUGCUGUGCCCACCCAAGCGUAUUCAAGUCAAUUUGGAAAGUAUGGCGUUCGUACACAGAAAUCACCUCUGAAGACACCAGCUCCUCGGAGAUAUGCUCCUGUACCUGUAUCAAAAGAUGUGAAAAUCUCACAGAAAAUUUCCAAGAAAGAGAGACCUAUAGCAGAAAAGGAAAAUGUGCCCAAAUCAGCAUAUGGAAGUGUUGUGGGUGGAGGGAGACUUCUGGAGCAGAUUCUGAAUUCUCAAGAAACUCCAUUGAGACAAACUGAGUCUUCUGAGAAGUCGUCAUUAAACACCACCAAAAUGGCCUGGCAUUCCGAGAGAGAGUGCAGGCCUCCUGCCCUGCGAACUGACUCAAUCCCUGCCUUUGAAGGCCCCCUCCAAGAUUACAAUUCAAUUAAUAAAACAGUGAAGAAAGCGGAAGAUGUGCUUCAAGAUCUUGGCCAGCUGAAAAGAGAAAUGCAUGGCAUGCUACAGGAAGCAAAAGCAUGGAGAUCAGACAUGAAUGAUUUUGUUAAGCCGACAAACCCUGUUGUUGCACCUAGUCUUGCUGAAUGUCCUCAGGUCUCCAAGCCAUCUAUUCUUCAGACAGUUAAAUCACCAAAAUCCGUGUUGAAGGAUGCUGAAAGGAUUUUAAGAGGCGUACAAAACAAUAAAAAAGUCCUUGAAGAAAAUUUGGAAGCCAUUAUUCGUGCAAAAGAUGGAGAUGCCAUGUAUACCUUUAUUAAUGCUUUGACUACAAACAGACAUUUAUUGGAGGAGAUUCGUAUCAGGAAGACGGUAGAUGAGUGGAUUAAAGCAAUCAGUGUGGAAAUUCAGGCAGAAAUGGCAAAAAAUGAUUAUGAACAAACACAAUAUAAUCAAAAAGAUCCGAAGACUCCAUGGAUAAAGAGAACACAGAAUACCAGGGAUAUGAAGACCAACAAAGAAAUUAAAGCAAAAACUCAAAAAACCCAAGGAUCCUUAACAAAGAAGUAUUUAUCUGCUGCUAAGCCUUCUCAGAAGCAGUCAGAGGAUAACUUUAGAAGACAGAGCUUGAGAAGUUACUCAGUUUCUGAAACUUUGCUGAAGAAAGAAGGAAGGGCAGAGGGACCUCUGAAAGCAAGCGCUGUGGUUCAGAAUGAAGAGUAUCUGUCCCAGGUAUAUGGGAAACCAAUUUACCAGGGCCACCGCAGCACGCUUAAAAAAGCGCCAUAUCUCAGGUUCAACUCUCCUUCUCCCAAAUCCAAACCUCAAAGACCAAAAGUUAUAGAGUGUGUUAGGGGUACGAAGGUAAAGUCAACAAGAACACAAACCAACUCUUGCACACAGAAAGUAAUAAUCAGUCCUAAGAGGCAGCGUCCACUUUCUGCCCCCCUUAAAGAAAGCCAGUAUCUGUUCAGCCCCAGCAGAGAAAUGCCUGAUGUGUCCGGUCCACUUGAAGGCCAUCUGAUUCCUAUGGCUAUUCCAUUAGGUCAAACGCAAAUUAAUGGCAUCUCACCACAGCCUGCUGGAGUCAUUAUAGGGAAACCACACCCUGUUACAGUGACCACCUCUGUUCUUCCAGCUCCUCCAAAACCACAACCUAAGCUAAAGAAACCCAACAUAGCAGUAAUAGAGAUGAGAUCAGAAAAAAAGGACCCUCCUAAACUCACUGUGCAGGUAUUACCGAAUGUAGAUAUUGACAGUAUUUCAAAUGACAGUGUGAGUAUAAACCAGGCUUCUACAAGCUCUGAAGCAGCACUUCCUCCUGUCAGCAGUCGGAUUCAGGGUCCAGAACAAACUCAGUAUGAGGAGGAAGAUCUGAAGUUCCCAGGAACUAAUUUUGUUGAUGUUACUGAUGUCAUUCAGGAUCAGGAGGAGGAGGAUGGAAUCCCAGAAUUGUCUGAACCAAUCCUGGAAUUUAAUAGACAAGCUGAAGUUGUUUCUCCAAAAUAUAAUGGCCCUCCAUUUCCCCCAGCUGCUCCUGCUUCUCAACAGCCAGCUGAUAUUCUGGAUGAAAUCAUUGAAAGGAGGGAAACUUUAGAAAAUAGGUUGAUUAGCUGGGUGGAACAAGAAGUAAUGGCACGAAUUAUUAGCGGGAUGUACCCGGUCCAGCAGGAAAGAGUGCCCAGGGUGAGUGCGUCAGAGAGCGAAGAGAGUGAGGCUGUAACCUCUGACGUUGUUGAGGCAGCAGGUGGUGGAGGAUUUCAGCUCUUUGUCAGCGCUGGUGUGCCAGUGAACUCAGAAAUGAUUAGUCAUUUUGUGAAUGAAGCUCUUACUGAGAAUAUUGCCGUCAUGCUGGGUGACAGGGAGGCUCAGAAAGCAGUUCCUGCUGCAAAUGUUCUUCAAAGCACAACGGUCUUGCCAGAGUCUGUGGUGUCUACUCCAUUGGCUACACCACCUCAUACCCCACUUCCUGAAAAAGAACCAACUCCAGUAAAAACUCCAGUUUCUUCUCCAUCUGUGACAGAAAUUGGUGGAGAUGUUGGGGAACAAGAACAAAUGACAGAAAAAGGAUUUGACAUUCCAGCUGCCACUACUCCUAUUGGCACACCUGCUGCUACUCCAGUUGAUACACCACCUAGAGUAACUACUCCAAGCCCUCCUGUAUCAGAACAUGGCUCUGAUGCAACAAGAAUGGGAAGCCCAAAACCUCCAAAUCCAUGGGGUGAUGCUGAACUUCCUCUGGAUGAGGAAAAACCCAGUCCUUUGAAUGAAGAAACUCUCCAUCCAAGAGCUGUGGUAAUGUCGGUGGCUAAAGAUGAAGAACCAGAGAUGUUGAUUUUACCUUCUCCUGAACCAAUUAGACACUUUGAGUCACUUGCUUGUGAACCAAGAGUUCCAUCUCCUGUGCAUACUCCCAGUUCUGGCCCGUCAACACAUGAAAGCAGCCUAACUCUCACGGAAACAGAAACUGCAGACAAGCCUAUCUCCGAAGGCGAGGUCUUAUUUAGCUAUGGACAGUUGGUGGCUGCAAGAGCGUUAGCAGAAGGAGGACUGUCUCUUCCAAACCUCAGUGAAAGUUUAACUAGCACGCUACACGAUGCAAAUGAAAUGGAUUACGAUCCUCCCAGUGAAGGACAGGUCAUGAGAAGACCCCAUAGGGGAUACCACAGAGAUCCGGUUCUCUCUCUUUUUGCUAAACUAAAUCAGGCACCAGUUGUUUUACAAGAAGUAAUUUACCACUCUGAGGAUUCUGAUAAUAGUGUUGGAGAACUUAGCGAAGGCCAAAGACCUAGACUGACUAGAGCAGCAGAAAGUAUUGUAAUGGGACAUUCAGUUUAUACAGACCAGGUGACUGGCCUGGUUACUGAACAGAGACCCCACCGUGUACCAUCACCAGGAGAGUGUGACAGGGUUACAGAACUUCUUGGAGAUGCUGCAGAUGUUAGUCAUGGUCCAAUGAGCAUGGCUGAAUUGGAGUCUCAGACACUCUUAAACCCUGCUCCUCAAACAGCACAAGCAAAUGACAGACUAACAUCUCUAUCAGAAGAUCUUCCAAAGAAGCAGAGCCAGAAGGUUGUGCAAGUUGAACCAGUACAAUCCCGAGUCAUUCGUGUGAGAAAUAAAUCUGAAGUAACACAGCAGCAAGAUUCCCAGGGAGACAUGGAUCGGACACAUAUUGAGCCCAAUAUGUACCUCACAUUGUUACUUAAAGGAGAGGAAACUGUACCACAUUUAAGUUCACUGACUUCUCCGGCGAAGAUGUCAGUGAUGCUGCCUUCCAUGAAUAUAGAUGACCAGACGCAAAGUAUCAGUACGGUACAUGGGGAUUCAGACUCUUCAGGAACAGAUACAUUUUAAAACAUGGGGUUUUUAUUAACAGUCACAUAUCUGAACAUUUUCUAGGGAAGUAUUUUGUCUAGCUAGUGUUAUAAUCCAUAUAUUUUUGGCAUGAAAUCUCUCAUUACUGUUUAUUUUCUACUUACUGUUUUUUGUAAUUUUGUAUUCAUUGGAAUGUAAAUCUAGAAAAUUAUUUUGUGAAUAUAUAAAGUAUUUUAAACAAAAAUAAAAGAAUGUAAUUUUUCAGCAUUACUGGGAUUAAAUGGCCCUCACUCUGAUUUAUUUGAAAAUGCAUUUAUAUGUUGAGUAUUUGAGUAUGAAGGGGAUCUGUAUUCUAGACCUCUUUAAUUCCCUGGCAAAAUUCCCAUUGAUUUCAAUGGGUAAAGGAUUGGGGCCUAUCGUAUGUCUCAAAGGCUUUGAAAUUAUUUUGAUCUCUAUGAAGAAUUAUACAAAUUAAUGGGAUUUCUUGACAGAUCUUUUGAAAGAAACAGGCUAAGCCACAACACAGCAAAAAAG